AUGAAUAUUAUAAUGUCCAUCAUGUGCUUUGCACUUCUUCUGAUUAGCCCGUUGUGUUCAGCGUAUACUGCCGAACAACGUCGAGCUGAUGGCCUUAGGGUUAAUCAGAUUAUCCAAACUUCUCGCGAUGACAAUACCAAAAUCAACGGGAUCCAGGAAUUACUUAACAUAUAUAGACGCAUGUCCCCCAGUUUAAGGCCUGAAGAAAGGGAGAGGAUCGACAGGUUUAUUAAACCGCAUACGGAGGAAAUAUUAAUCGAUGGAGUGCCAAGUCAAGGGGGUGUGAAAAGCAAGUAUGCCAGAAAGAUCCUGAGUCCAGUGGUAAAGAGUGUGGCUACAGGAUUCUUCGAACAGCUCGGGGCAAGUCUUGCAAGCCUUUUCGAGGGUUGGUUUUCAUCGAAAAAGGAAGAAUAA